GUGCAUACCGUAGGACCGCGAGCGCCCGAAAAUGCAUAUAAGGCCAGCCAAAUCUCGCGGAUUCCUCAGUAUCAUCUUCAUUGCACACGCAUACGCAAGCAUGUCUGCAUCCGCUACUGCUGCUCUUUGCUCCGCCCUAGCUGGUCUAGGGUUCUCCUCUCCUGCCCUCGGUGCCAUGUACUCGCUGGCCGAGUACAACCGCUACGCCAGUUGUGAGGCACACAAGGUGUCCGACUUGUGUCACGGUGGCUCGAGGGUUCGGGAAGGAAGUGCGCUUCCUUCGCCUUCGGCGGAAUGCAUAGUCUAUCCUCGUAUGAAGUAAGUGGCGAUCGCAUAUAGCAAAGUGCCUUCUCUGACAACACUCCCCCGAACAGAGCUCGCGCCAGAAAGGCCUCCUACCUUGGUAUGGAGGUCGGCGACGAGAACGAGGA